CACAGUUUGCUCCGGUUCAUCCACCGACAGAGGCAGAAGAUGGGGACCCUUAGAAUUUUCAGCAAAUCAAACCCAGGUUACUCACUUACUGUAAGAGAAGGGAUGGUUGUUAUGGCGGAGACCGAUAAAACUGACCCUCGCCAGCACUGGAUAAAGGACGAGACAUACAGUACGAGGGUGCAGAAAGCAACAGGCUUACGUGCCUUUUCUCUCAUCAAUAAAGCCACUAAUCUGGCCUUAAAGCAUCCCAUCAGUGGUAACUUCCCUGUUCAGCUCUGCUCACACAACUCAUCUAUUCUUGACGAAUCACUUCUGUGGAUGAACAACGUGAGCGCAGGUGAUGGCUUCACACAUAUAAGGAUGAUAAACAACAACAACCAGAACUUGGAUGCUUUCCUUGUAACUGGAUCAAUGGUAGACGGCACCGUUGUUGGGCUUUGGCCGGCGAGCAAUGCAGAUAACCAGAAGUGGCAAAUCGUUCCUUAUUGAUAAUUGUAGCAGUGUGUUGGUGAAUGGUCUUAUUAAAUAAGCUUUUAAAACCGUUUAAAGAGACUAUCCUUUGCAGCAGUAUGUUGGUAGGUGGUCUUCACUGUUGGUGUUUUCUUUUGGUUGUUUGGAUCAUUGUAUGAAAGACUAUUGAGUUUUGUUAGACUGUUUGGACUGUUAAUCGCUUCUAUCAACUUCUCUAUUGCUCUAAAAUAUAUGGGUUUGAACGUUGAACAUUAUUAUAUGAAAAUUAGACUAUUUGGGCU